GAAAACACCAAGUUUAAAUGUCCCAUUUGUUUGAAAGAGUUUGCUCUGUUGCGACUACUAAACCGUCACGUGAAGAACCACAGCGACAUCAAACGAUAUCUAUGCACCUUCUGUGGCAAGGGUUUUAAUGAUACCUUUGAUUUGAAACGACACACGAGAAUUCACACAGGUGGGUGCUGA